GCACUGUGCACAUUCUCCUGUGCCAACGUGCAAGAACAGGCAAUCCUUCGUGAGGUGUCUUCCAUGCUCUACAAAACCCGCAAGUCAGUCCUGCAGAAUCUAUCCAACCCCGGCGUCGAGGAAUGGACUUCUAUGCAUCUGACCCGCCUGAGCAGCCUACUAGAAACGCCACUGACUCUGCAACCGGCCUCUCGUCUGUCCCCUGAUGCGCGUUCCAAAUUAGACGAAGUGAUUCAGUCUGCCAAAUCCUUCAACGAGACGGCUGACUGUCACAUUUCUGCGAGUGACUUUAUAAUG